AUGGCAGCUGAGUCUGGCACUACCGCGGUGAGGGAGCAGCACAGGUUUGACCAGGGAGCCCUGGAGAAAUACCUCUCCCGCCAUUUGGCCGGGUUUCCUGUGCAGCUCCCCGAAGCGCUGACAGCCAGGCAGUACAGCUCAGGCCAGUCCAAUCCAACCUUUUACUUGCAGAAGGGUUUUAAGACAUAUGUGCUUAGAAAGAAGCCUCAUGGCGCUCUUCUGCCUAGAGCUCACAAGGUUGAUAGAGAAUAUCAUGUGCAGAAAGCAUUAUUUGCAGCUGGAUUUCCAGUCCCUGAGCCCCUACUGUAUUGCAGUGAUGUUUCUGUGAUUGGAACUGAAUUUUAUGUGAUGGAACAUGUACAGGGUCGCAUAUUCCGAGACCUCACACUACCUGAAGUCAGUCCAGCAGAGCGAUCUGCUUUGUAUGUUGCUAUGAUAGAAACCCUGGCCCGGUUGCACUCAUUCAGUUUGCAUUCAUUGGGUCUCCAAGGAUAUGGCAGAGGACCAGGAUACUGUAGGAGGCAGGUUACAACUUGGAAAAAACAGUAUGAUGCAUCUGCUCAUGUAGACAUUCCUGCUAUGAACCAGCUGGCUGAGUGGUUAAUGAACAACUUGCCAGCUGGUGAUAAUGAAGAAAAUCUGAUUCAUGGAGAUUUUAGAAUAGAUAACAUCAUUUUCCAUCCAAGAGAGGCUCGUGUUGUGGCAGUCCUGGACUGGGAACUUUCAACCACUGGGCAUCCUUUAGCAGAUUUAGCUUAUACUGCUGCAUUUUACUUCUGGCCUAACACAAUUAAACAGUUAGGCCAAGGGGGUACCUUGAGUUUUAGAGAUACUGUAGGAAUUCCAUCACUUGAAGAAUUGAUUUCAGUUUACUGCCGCUGCAGGGGUAUUAGCACAGAUUUACCCAACUUGAAUUUCUUUCUUGCUCUUUCAUAUUUUAAAAUAGCUGGAAUAUGCCAGGGUGUAUAUGCUAGAUAUCUCCUUGGAAAUUCUUCUGCAGAGAAUAGUUAUGAGUUCGCUGAGAUGGUGAAACCCUUGGCAGAAACGGGAUUACUGCUCUCAAAAAGAACUUCUUUCACCAGUGAUGCACAACCCAGCGGUACAGGAGAGCUGUUCCAGCAGACUAAAAAAGGCCAGGAGGUUCUGCUGAAGGUGAAGCGGUUCAUGAAGCAGCACGUGUUUCCAGCUGAAAAGGAAGUGGUUGAGUACUAUGCCAGGGAUGAAAAUUCACUGGACAGAUGGACGAAACCUUCAGUGAUUGAGAAACUGAAGGAAAUGGCCAAAGCAGAGGGUCUGUGGAACCUUUUCCUGCCAGCCAUCAGUGGUCUGAGUCAGGUUGACUAUGCAUUAAUUGCAGAGGAGACAGGAAAAUGCUUCUUUGCCCCAGAAAUUUUCAAUUGUCAUGCACCAGAUACUGGAAACAUGGAGGUCCUGCAUUUGUAUGGGUCUGAAGAGCAAAAGAAACAGUGGCUUGAGCCUCUUCUUCAAGGGAAAAUUAGUUCUUGCUUCUGCAUGACAGAGCCUGAUGUUGCUUCGAGUGAUGCCACCAACAUGGAAUGCAGCAUUCAGCGAGAUGGAGAUAGCUAUAUAAUCAAUGGCAAGAAAUGGUGGAGCAGUGGGGCUGGGAAUACAAAUUGCAAAGUCGCAAUUGUGAUGGCCAAAAAUAAAAAUCUUUCUGCAUCCAGGUACAGACAGCACAGUAUGAUCAUAGUUCCACUGGACAUACCAGGCUUGAAGCUUAUAAGACCUCUUUCCGUGUUUGGCUACCUGGAUCAGCCCCACGGUGGACAUUUUGAAAUACAUUUUAAUGAAGUGCGAGUACCUGCCUCCAAUUUAAUACUAGGUGAAGGAAGGGGUUUUGAGAUCGCUCAAGGUCGGCUUGGGCCAGGCCGUAUUCACCACUGCAUGAGAUCCAUAGGUGCAGCUGAAUCUGCUCUACAGAUAAUGUGUGAGCGUGCAGCUCAGAGGGUGACCUUUGGGAAGAAACUGUACCAGCAUGAGGUUGUUGCCCAUUGGAUUGCUGAAAGCCGCAUUGCUAUUGAGCAGGCCCGAUUGCUUACACUGAAAGCAGCCAGCAGCAUUGAUACCAAGGGCAGUGCACAAGCAAGGAAAGAGAUAGCUAUGAUCAAGGUGGUUGCACCCAGAGCUGUCCUUAAAGUGGUGGACUAUGCAAUCCAAGUUUGUGGAGGAGCUGGAGUUUCUCAGGAUUUUCCUUUGGCUCGUAUGUUUGCCUUUAUUCGGACCCUACGAAUAGCUGAUGGGCCUGAUGAAGUUCACCUCUCAGCAAUUGCAAAACUGGAACUACGGGACAAAGCCAAGCAACUGACCUCAAAAAUGUAA